UCCUCUUCCCCACCCCCCCGUUUUAUUACUUGCAGGCCGUUGGAGGAAGGAGAAAUUUUAGGCGGGAAAACCUGCACCUCCUGCCUCGCGCCCCUGCGGCCUACCGCGCGCCGGGAAGCGCCAGGCCACGGCGGAUGCGAGAUGCUGGGCGCAUGUGGCAUGCAGAAAUGUCACCAAGAGGCUCUGAAAAAGAAUCGUGUUUCCCUAGCAAAGCAGCUAGUUUUGAAGGAACUAAUGGAACACCUCAUAGAAAAGGAUGUGAUCACUGAAGCAAUGAUGGAGAUGAUACAGGGCAAGUCUGGAAGUUUUAGCCAAAACAUAGAAUUCCUGAACCUGCUCCCAAAGAGGGGUCCCAAAGCCUUCUCAGCUUUCUGUGAAGCUUUACAAGAAACCAAACAGCAGCACUUAGUGGAAAUGCUCCUGAGCACCAUUCCCAGCCAUAGCAAUGGGAGUGCAAGGCUGAAUUCUGGCUAUGAGGAAAAGCUGUCAUUUCCUCUAUCUGAAUCAGAAAUCUCUCAAAAAAGGCCACGGUGGCAACUUGAACCAAUGGAGCAUUCCUUGGAUAAUGGAGAUGGUCCUCACUAUCCUCAGGUGAAGCUAUGCACCCCAGAAUUCUAUCAUGAGCAUGAGCACAUGGCAUACAGGAUGAAAUCACACCCACGGGGCUUGGCGCUGAUACUUAGCAACGUGCAUUUUAGCAAUGAGACAGACCUAGAGUUCCGUUCUGGUGGCAAUGUUGACCAAGCUGCCCUAGAAAUGCUCUUCAGACAUCUUGGGUACCAAGUGAUGGUACGGCAUGAUCAGACUGCACAGGAAAUGCAUAAGGAGUUGGAAAACUUUUCAAAGCUUCCAGUUCACCGAGAUGUAGAUUCCUGCAUAGUAUCACUUCUCUCACAUGGCAUAGAGGGUGGGGUCUAUGGAGUGGAUGGCAAACUGCUUCAGUUGCAGGAGAUUUUCAGGCUCUUUGAUAACGCAAACUGCCCUAGGCUUCAGAAUAAGCCCAAAAUGUUCUUCAUUCAAGCAUGCCGGGGAGAUGAGACAGACCGUGGAGUGGACCUGAUAGAUGGGAAUGAGCGUGCUGACUCCCCAGGUUGCGAAGAAAGUGAUGCCAACAAGAAAGAGAAUCCCAAGCUGCGUCUUCCCACUUGCUCUGAUAUGAUAUGUGGCUAUGCUUGUCUGAGAGGCACAGCUGCUAUGAGAAACACCAAACGUGGGUCCUGGUAUGUAGAGGCUCUGACCUCUGUGUUUGCUGAAGAUUCCAGAAAUACGCAUGUGGCUGACAUGCUUGUAAAGGUGAAUGGAAUGAUCAAGCAUCGAGAAGGUCAUGCCCCAGGCACUGAGUUCCACCGCUGUAAGGAGAUGUCAGAGUAUUGUAGCACUCUUUGCCAGGACCUUUACUUGUUCCCAGGAAUUAACUCUAUCAUCUAAGGGGGCCACUGCCACUAAGGCCAAAGUCCAUGAAAUACUCUGUGCCAUAGGAUGACCUCCUGUAGAGGUCUAAGGGCUACUCUUCCCUUACAGCAUUUCAUAUGGAAGGUAGGGGGCGUUAAGCUGUCCUGUUUAGGAAGCGGUUGACUGAUGAACAUAAGAUACUUGUUCUGCUGUUUCUAACAGUUUUUCUGAUUUUAUUGGGAAUUUCAUAUGUUAUCAGACAUUAUGACCUAUGGAAAUUACCAUAUAAACGUCUUUAACUUGAUCAUGCCUGGCUAAGCCAGCUUUCUUAUUCAUUGUGCAAAUUUCUCUAAUAUCACUUUUUCAGACAGACUUUGGCAACUUGUUGAUGCUUGCCAUCCAGUUCAGGGUUUAUAAGUGUAGUAUUGUGUUCAUGUGCCAACAUUGAGGUUGAUGGGGAGCACCUAGGUAGCGAGUAAUUUAUCACAAACAGGAGUGUGAGAAAUAGCAUUCAUAAAGCUUUUAUAAAACAAAAACCAAAAGCAUGCUUUAUAAAUUGAAUUUUGUUUUAAGACAAAUUUGUGGGCAGCUAAGCAAAUUUGGCGAAACAACUAGCUAAACUGAAGAGGAAUCCUCUAAAUAAAUGAAGGACAUGCAGACUAAUAAAGACAGUUUGGAAUAGUUAGGUUAAUGCUAAAGUCAUUUUAUAUCUUUCACCC